GCGAACGUUAAACUUUGAUAGAUGAAUUCAAUGGGAAAGUGACUCUGAAGAAUGAAGCUGUGGUAAAAAGUCCUCAAAGUUCUCGGAGGACGACACCAGGAGACUCCAGAAGAGCGUUAGCUUGUAUUUCUGACUUGAAUCGGUUUAUCCAGCAGAAGAUGAUGUCGGACGCCAGCGAGAUGUUGGCAGCAGCUUUAGAGCAAAUGGAUGGGAUCAUUGCAGGCUCUAAGGCCAUUGAUUACUCCAAUGGACUGUUUGACUGCCAGUCGCCCACGUCACCUUUUCUGGGUGGCUUCCGAGUGCUGCACCUUCUGGAGGACUUGCGAGCAGCCCUGGAGCUGAUGGACAAUGAGGAAAAAGACAACCUGCGCUGCCAGAUCCCUGAUUCCACCGCAGAAGGAGUGGCAGAUUGGCUGCAUGGACGAACGACGAACAUGCACAGCUCAGAGGUGGACCACCAAGAACGUCUUUCACGACUGGAGAGUGACAAAGAGUGUCUCAUCCUUCAGGUAAGCGUGUUGACAGACCAGGUGGAGGUGCAAGGUGAAAAGAUUCGAGAUUUAGACAAAAGUCUGGAGCAUCAUCGGGAGAAGAUGAAUGCUGCCGAGAAGCUUCUUCAACAGGAGCUGUUAAACCGGACUGCACUGGAGACCCAGAAGCUGGAGCUGAUGACCGAGGUGUCCAGCCUGAAGCUCAAACUAACCGCUUUGGAGAGAGACCACAGGGGAAACGAGGGUUUGUACCAAGAAGUAACAGACCUGCGGUUCAGGAUGACCGACAUGGAGAACGAAAGGCUGCUGAGUGAGAAGAGACUCAAAUCUAGCAGAGAGGAGCUGCAGGUUCUGCAGAGGCAGCUGGAGGAGCGAGAGGAGGAGCUGAGGAGGCUGAAGGUGGAGGCCCACAACAGAACAGAGGGGGGAGAAAGAGACCUGGAAGUGGUGAAGAUGAAGAGCGUGUUGGAGCUACUGACAUCGGAGAACAACGAGAAGGAAAGAAGGAUUAAAGAGCUCGAGGUGUCACUUACUAAGUGCAGCAAAGUGCAGGAGCUGGUCAAAGAGAAGCUGAAAGAGGAAGACUAUGCUGAUAUCACCGACGAUCCUUCGGUUUCUGUGUCCAUGGAGGUGGAUCAGGUCACCCUGGAGCUGGAGGGGGAGGCAGGAAGGAGCUCCGACGAGUCUAGUCCGUGUAUAGCAGUGCUCUCUGAAAUGAAGGAGCUGGACAGAGAACAACGAUUACAAGCAGCUCAAAGGUCCUUAGAUGAUCCACAAAAGAACAGCUCAGCUGUGACCAGAGGCUCAGACCAGGCUAAAACUAAAUCGAGAGCUGGAGCCUCUUCUCCUGCUAAAGGAAACACGAAUGAAGGAGGUUUUGGCACCAAAAAGGCCCGCUCUUCUUUUGGUCGUGGUUUUUUUAAGCUGCGUGGAGGCAAGCAGACGGCCAGCGUCCCAAACCUCGCUGAGACAGAACGUAAAGGCACAGAGCAUCUCGACUUGGCUGGCGUUCCUUCCAAGAAAUCCCAUGAUGCAACUCCACUUCCAUCAUCUUCAGAUACCAAGAAGGCGGCGAGAGGGUUGAAGAAAUUUUUCGGCAGGUUGAAGAGGAGUCACUCCACCUCCUUGGACCUCGACGAGGCCGAGACGGAGUUCAGGAGGGGCGGAGUCAGAGCCACCGCCGGCCCUCGGCUCGGCUGGUCACGUGACUCAAAACAGAAGGCUGCGGAUGUUCCUUUUUCUCGGUGGACUAACGAUGAAGUUUGCUCCUGGCUUCACGAGCAGGGCCUCGGCUCGUUUGCUGCUCUGGGUCAGAACUGGAUCAAAUCAGGACAAACAUUACUGCAGGCAUCACAACAUGAUCUGGAGAAAGAGUUGGGCAUGAAGCAGCCGCUCCACAAGAAGAAGCUGCAGCUCGCCCUGCAGGCUCUCGGGUCAGAGGACGGUGACCUUCAGGGCAAACUGGACCACAACUGGGUGACCAGGUGGCUGGACGACAUCGGCCUCCCGCAGUACAAAAGUAACUUCGACGAAGCUCGGGUUGAUGGACGCAUGAUGCACUACAUGACGGUGGAGGACCUGCUGUCUCUGAAGGUUGGCAGUGUUCUUCAUCACCUCAGCAUCAAAAGAGCCGUCCAGGUCCUGCGCCUCAACUCGUACGAACCCAGCUGUCUCAGGAGACGGCCCUCUGAUGAGAACAACAUGACGCCGGCCGAGAUCUCCCAGUGGACCAACCACAGAGUGAUGGAGUGGCUGCGCUCCGUGGAUCUGGCAGAGUACGCUCCCAACCUGAGAGGGAGCGGAGUUCACGGAGGCCUGAUGGUGUUGGAGCCUCGUUUCAACGUGGAAGCGCUCGCCCUUCUGCUCAACAUUCCCCCCAGCAAAACGCUGCUGAGACGUCACCUGGCCACAAAAUUUCACCUGCUCGUCGGCCCUGAGGCGCAGGGGCAGAAGCAGGAGUGUCUGGAAAACCCGGAUUACACCGUCCUCACAGCCACCGCCAGGGUUAAGCCAAGACGAUCGUCGUUUGGAGGUCUUGGCUCUUUGAGGAGGAAACGCCAUGAUGAAAGCGAGGACUACGUCUGCCCCAUGAACGUAGAAAUGCCAAAGAGCAGCAGCUUCCAGAGGAACGUCCAGAUCUACGGAGAUGGUUUUGAUCACCUGGAGCAGAUGGAAGACUCUGAAGGAACGGUCAGGCAGAUCGGAGCCUUCUCUGAGGGAAUCAACAAUCUGACUAGCAUGCUGAAGGACGACGACUUGUUUCUCCAGAUCUCAGUUUGCCCCAUAGAGGAUGACUCGACAGAAGCACACGCCUCCAGCUGAGCUUCACCCUCUGACCAAGUACUUCCCUCUCUCAUCCAAUCAGCUGUAGCCUCUCAUUUUAUUUAUUGAAGUUGACCAAAGUAUAAUGCAUGAACUGAAACUGUUUUUAGUCCAGACAUAAAGUUUCUCGUACCAUGAUGAAUUCACACGUGUGGGUUUAAGCUUGGAUCAAUCUUUUUGUUUUUCUGGAAUGGAGAGGUUUUAGUUUUGAAGGGUAAUCUGUAUCUCUGCUUCAGAUUAGAGAAUAACUCAUGGAGUUGAGCUGACAUUCACAACUUGUUUA